AUUAUAAAUGGCAACAGAUAACGCGCAUUAUUGAUUUUCUGCGCAGAAGUUAGAUUGCUACGCAGCGAAUGGAUCUAUAUGCAAUGGAAAACAACGUAAGGAAAAUGUAAACGUAGAAUAAGAGAAAAGGUCAGUUACCGAUCCAGCUUACAGUAAAAUGACGUUCGUGUUCCUGGUUGUGGCAUUUAUAUUUUUCUGUGUCCGCUAUCUUUGGCGGAAAAAUGAUCCGAGACCACGACCACUAGACAUUUUGGAUGAAGCGGUGGUUAAAUGGAGAUCAAAUAGGAUGGACAUUAUCGAGAAACUGCGAGAGGCGGCAAACUUACUUAGGUCAUCCCAUAGACAUAAGGCAGAAACAGAACAAACAAGUGCAAAGAAAAGUUUAGUCGGAGAUCUGAUAGGCAUUGGAGGUGUUUUACUGGCGCCAUUCUCUGGCGGAUUAUCUCUUGUUGCAGCAGGGGCUUCUGUACUCACCUCUGUUGAUUCUUAUUUUUCGGACAAGGCAGCGAACAAGGAACAUGAAGAAAAUGCAACCAAAAUAAAAGGAAUGAUUGAAGAAGCUGAGAAAUUAGAUAAAUCAGCGUCCGACGAAUUGAAUAAAUUGUUAAGCAACUUUGACUAUCUGGAAGAACAACUAUGUUCUAUGAAAUUAGGAGAUAUUAUGUCAUCUUUAACGGAUGCUUCUUUUCCCAUUAUGGGUAUAAAAGUUCAAGAAGCGAAAGGAGAUUCAGAGAAAGACAGGGAGGAUGGUCAACUUGAUGAAACUGAUAAGUUGUCAUCUUCAAACGUAGGACUGGAAGCUGAAGACACUAAAAGUGAUACUGAAAAGGAGAAAUUAGAUAGCCCCAUAUGUGAAACAGAGGAACAUCCGACAAGACAAGGAAUGAUGAUGCCGAAACAGUUCGCAAACAUGGAUACUAUUAAGAAUUGUGCGGAUCAGUUUGUUAACAGCACUAAACUCACUAAAGGAGUAAGCAGUACGGCAAAACCCACAAAAGAGAUCUCUUCAUGGACAAGAUCGGUUAGUACCUUAUCUAAAGAAUCGAAAACAGUUUCAAAUUUGAAAUAUGUUAAGAAUACGAUAAAAACUGUAAAAACUGUGAAAAAAGCAUCAAAUGCUGUUACAACAAUAUCGAAAACAACUUCUCACUCUCAUAAAAUUGCAAAAACUACGCAUAUAACCGCCAAAACGGUAAAAUUAGGAGGAAAAGUAUCACACGCUGCGACAAAAGUUGCUAAGAUCAGUAAAGUUGGGUUGGUAAUUAACGCCGUGGCGCUUCCAUUGGAUAUAUACAACCUUAUACAAACUACUGGGAAUUUGGACAAGAUGCAAGACGAUGUUACAGAGAUAGAAGAAAGAGCAAGUCAGUUGGAAGAAGAACUUGAAAACAUUUCCAAUGCUUUGCUGUCGCGCCGUAGAUAUAUUGAAAAACUCUACAAGGAACUAUAUCAACUGUACGAGGACCAUCACAUUGAUGAAAUAUUCGAAUACCUUCUUCUUAUGUAUGAAAAACUUGACUUUGAAACACCGGCGCCGUACUGACGAGACACUAUUAAAAUGUUUUACGGUGUGUAGGAUACACCAUCUUGCGAAGUGCAUCUUGCCAACAUAUCAGCUUUUUAUGUACAUAUAUGUAUAUUGCUUUAUGAAAAAGAAUGUUUGGGACGUUUACUGGAAUGUAUAUUUAACUUUUAAUUGAUAUGUAUGUUUGUACUGUAUGUACUGUUAGAAAUGUUUGCUUCAAACUUCACAUCGGUGAUAAAUAUGCAUUUAGAAUUCUAGUUUGACAAGAGCUGUCACAGGAGACAGCGCUCUCGACUAUAUCGAUGCAGGAUAGUGAAACGGGGCACAUCUGAGGAGGCUGGAGCUGUCUCUGGAUUGUUUAAUGACCCAGUAUGGAUGAAGAUAUUGGACAAUAGCUUGAAUCUGUGUCAAAAGUAUUAAGUGAUUAGACAGAUAAAGAUAAAGUGUAUCAAAACAUUAAAUAAGUAUAAUUCUAAGUAAAAAGGGGGCAUAAUUCAUGAAAUAUUGCAGGAGUAAUGCACCUUGUGUCAUAUGACGUGAGUGAUGAUGUGGAACAACCAUUUAAAGUUUGAAUCAAAUCCAUUUAGUAAUAACUGAGAUAUAGUGAAAAUGCAUCAAAAUUCACCUUAAAAAUUCUAAGUAAAAGAGGGGCAUAUUUCAUGAAAAACUGAUGCAAGAGUUAUGGACCUUGUGCCAUAUGAUGUGAGUGAUGAUGUUGAACAAUUGUUUUAGGUUUGAAUCAAAUUCAUUAGUAAUAACAGAGAUAGAGUGAAAGUGCAACAAAAUUUAACCAUAAAUUUUAAGUAAAAAGGGGCAUAAUUCUUGAAAAACCUGUGCCAGAGUUAUGAACCUUGUGUCAUAUGAUGUGGGUGAUGAUGUGGAACAAUUAUUGUAAGUUUGAAUCAAAUCCAUUUACUUAUAACUGAGAAAGAGUGAAAGUGCACCAAAACUUUAACCUGAAAUUUAAAGUAAAAAGGGGGCAUAAUUCAUGAAAAAUUGGUGCCAGAAUUAUGGACCUUGUGUCAUAUGAUGUGGGUGAUGAUGUAGAACAACUAUUUUAAAUCUGAAUCAAAUCCAUAUAGUAAUAGCUGAGAUAGAGUGAAAGUGCACCAAAACUUUAACCUGAAAUUUAAAGUGAAAAGGGGGAUAAUUCAUGAAAUAUUGGUGUGAGAGUUAUGGCCCUUGUGCCAUAUGAUGUGGGUGGUGGUGAGGAAUAACUAUUUGAAGUUCGAAACAUAUCCAUCAAGUAAUUACAGAGACAAGGUGAAAAAAAGAGUGUAAAACAACUUUAACCAAGCUGGGGACGCGGAAAGACGCCGACGCCGACACCAGGAUGUGUAGGAUACUGUUUUCUCAUAUUCUCGGGGGCCUAAUGGGUUGUUUUUAUUCCCAGUAACAGAAUAGCCAUUACAUAACAUUUGGGUGUUAUUUUGUAGAAAAUUCAGUUGUCUUUCAGAUGGAGUCACAAAAUGUUACAGAAAUUAUCCCAUUUAAUUAUUUUGUUACUUUAUUUGAUACCACCCUCACCCGCAGAAAUGGACCAAGAGUUUCUCAUAUUCCCGUGGCUUUAGAUUUGGCUUUUCAUCACAAAUAAGUUGUAGAAUUUAAAACAUUAAAAUUACCAGUGUGCAAUAAAAAGAUAUAUUCUGUAGUAAAUACAUCAAGAAAUAUGACAAUUAAUUGCAUAAUCAAUAAUUUAUGGCAAAUUUGCUCACACCACCAGAAAAAAAUGAGGAUUUUUUUGAAAAUCGAGUAAAAUGCUGAUAGUUUAGUCAAUAUGCGUUCAAAUCACUUGAAAUUUUCAGUGUGUCAUUUUUGAACCAUUCCUGUCUAGAAAAUAACAAACAUUAAAUUAUUUGACAACUUUAAGGCAAAAAAACGAGAAUAUGAAAAACCAUGAGAAUACGAGAAACAGGGAGAUAGCUCUCCAUAUACUUCGUAUAGUCAGGCUAAAAAUGAUACCAAUAAUAAUAAGGGAAAACCGAAAGUUUUUCCGUCUGUAGUCCACAGCGAGCUCAAAUCGAGCUUUACAAUUUCAAAGUAAUACUUAGUGGUGGAUUUUAAAGGUUGUUAGUCAAAUUUUGAUCAAGUAAUGGAUUUGUUUGAAAGUCAAACAAAGUAGUAAUUGCUACUUAACUUUGUUUACUAAGUGCUUAAUACAUGUUAAAUUUUCA